GCAAAUAACGUUUAGUGAGCUGAAGUGGACAGACCACAGUAUACCGAGAUGUAUAACAUCGCAUAGAAAUAACACAAACACGCACAGUAUAGUUUUAUUUUUACUUCUGUGCGAGAAUAAAACGAUGUCGUUAAAUAAUUUAAAGGAUCUGACAUGUGGACUGACACACCGGUUUAAUGAACAGAAUGGUUUGGCAGUAUUCCCAUAUAUUUCUCAUAAUUUCUAAAAGUUACAGACGGCUGAAAAACAUCUUUACUGUCAAGAUGGAAAGCGUGGACGUAAAAUGGACAGAGCAAUACUUGGGUUAGUUCUUGAAAAAACUGGAUUAUAUCGCAAAGUGAAACAAGUACUUGAGGUGUAAAUACGACCUGAGUGAAGGUCACUGGCAUGAUCAUGAGCUCUUGGGAAGAAAAUUUGGGUCAGUCCAAUCAUUCCUUGUUGGGACUGCAAGGAGCAUCAGACCUAUCCAGUUCCCUCUUCAAUCUCAGCAGCAGUUAUGGAGGUACAGGUGCAUUUCUCUGGCUGUUUCCAUCAGAUAAUAUCACGUGGACCACCACAAGGCCAACGAUGAAGCCCGUAAGCCCUCCACGAGUGAGGGACCAGGCUUUGGCUCAAGUAGAGAUUGCCAUUCUGGGACUGGUGCUGGCCCUCACCACUCUGGGUAAUGGGUUGGUGUUGUGGGUACUGCUGCGUAGGAAGAAACAUCAUGCACCUAUGCACCAUUUCAUGGUCAAUCUGUGCGUGGCCGACCUCGUGGUGGCUUUCUUUCAGGUCUUGCCUCAGUUGGUGUGGGACAUAACCGAGCGCUUUCAGGGCCCCGAUGCUUUGUGUCGCUCUGUGAAAUACUUACAGAUUGUCGGGAUGUUUGCGUCCUCCUACAUGAUCGUCGCUAUGACUGUGGAUCGGCACUAUGCCAUCUGCUGCCCCCUGCAGGCGUAUCGCGGAGGAGCACCUACUCGCUGGAACGCCCCUAUUAUGGUUGCGUGGGGCUUGGCUCUGGUACUGAGUUUACCGCAGGUUUUUAUCUUCUCGCGGACAGAAGUUAUCCCUGGGGAGUUUGAAUGCUGGGGCCAUUUUGCUGAGACAUGGGGCCUUAAAGCGUACGUCACCUGGAUGACUGUAGCUGUGUUUGUAUUACCAGCAUUGAUCAUCACAGUCUGUCAGGUUCGUAUUUUCCGGGAGAUCCACGACAAUAUCUACCUGAAGUCGGAGCGGUUGGUGACAGCAGAAUUUAAGAGGAACUCUGUAUUCUUCAGUUUCUCUCCAGGUUGCAGGGGAAGGGUCAGAGACAGAAAGAGACAAAACCGACGCAGCCAUCGCGGUGACAGCAGUGUCAGCCAAGUUUCUCAUCCCAAUUCCUCCCCGCCAGACCUCCAAAACUUGUGUGACUCACAGACUCCAGCCUGCAGGAACUCUAUCUGCGAACCUUGUUUUAGGACACUCCCCUCUUCGGAUAGCCCCUCCCCUUCCGUCACACUUCAUUUGCAAAAUACUCCAGUCUACACCUCCAUUCACCUCCCUGACCACUCCCAUUCUCAGUCUAAUAAUGUGUGCACAAGAUGCAGUACUGGUUUUACAUUGGCUGGACAGUCAAACACUUCUGGGACUUCUGAGCUGUUGCCAGAUGUGCUUCCAGAUGCUGGAGGUUUUCCUCUUCACAAUGAGUAUUCACACCCUCCGCCGCUGCCGAGUGUGACUAAGGCCAUGUCUAAGACAGUUAGGAUGACUCUUGUCAUCGUGUUGGUCUACACCAUCUGCUGGUCUCCUUUCUUUAUUGUUCAGUUAUGGGCAGCCUGGGAUCCCAACCCACCAGAUCAAGGUGCAGCCUUCACUAUCCUGAUGCUGCUGGCCAGUCUAAAUUCCUGCACUAACCCGUGGAUCUACACAGCUUUCUCUAACAGCGUGUCCCGUGAGCUGCUCACCCUGCUACCCUGCCACACCUCGCACUCCCCGCGCAGAGGUUCACUGCCGAAUGACUCCACAACAACGCACACAUCCACCACCACCAAGGAAUCUAUUUACUGACCUCUACCUGCUCCACAACACACAAACAUAUAGACGGCACCAUGACAUCGACUGAUGUACUGUGUUAAUUAUAAUGCACUCCUGCUCAAAACACAACCACAGAGAGACUAUUAGAUUCAGGGACAUGGCGAAUACACAAUCUGAACAUGGAGUACUUCUGCAUCAUUAAAAUUACAAUCAGGUACUGAGACAAAAUGUGCCAAGAUUGUACGGACAGAUGUACAAGCCACUUUUAGUGCGUGAUGUCAGACUGAAUUGAUGUGUAAAUGGUUAACCUGAAAAGCUUACCGAGGAUGAAAAAAAGGAUGGGAGUGAAAGAUCGGACGUCCUUUAUUUAUGUCUGAGUUGAAUGUUUUUAAAGAUUAGAGUCGCAGGAUUAUAUCAGACAUUUCGGUACAAUAGAUGGGUGCCAAAUGUGAUAGUAGAGACACAAAAACGAUGUGCGAUCAAUGCACGAGGAACAGACAAAAGCUUAUCUUGAUGUACUUUAAACAUCUGCAGAAAAUCAGCGCUGUGUUGUUGCAAAUCAGAUUGUCUUAUUAUGGAAAUAUCAAACUUUGACUGUGGGAAUCUGCACGGUAGCUGCUUUAUAUACUGGGAGAGAAUUAUGAUUUUUAUUAUGAAUGUGCGUGUGCUGCGAUAUUUGAUACAGUGCUGCUGUCUAGAUUCCUGGUACAUGUAGAUCAGAUAUAAAUAGAUUGUAGAAGAGGGUAAAUUGGACCGGUCUAGACUCCAGAGUAUUUUAAUACAGGAAAUUAAAACGUUAGGAGUGCUGGCUGUUUAAAUGGAAGGUGGUACUGGGAGUAAAUCUACAUUCAACAACCACCACACAGUUGGAAACAUAAGCUGCACAGAUGUUAAAUCUCACUGUCUCUGUUAUUUAAUAUGUUUCAAAACACAAAGCUGGUUUGUAAUGAUACUGUACAUUGUGGAGAAGCUAUUGAUUUUGAAUGGCACAUCAGUGCAGUCAAUCUCCCGUAUGCAUAUUGACAGUUUAAAAAAAAGUUUUUCCUUAUUGUAUGUUUUGAGAAAAAAAUAAUUUUAACCCAAAAUAUAUGCAUUAUCAGAAUGGAGAUAUACCAAAAUGUCAGAUUUCAGUUUCCAAUGUCUAUGUUGUAAGUGGCAAAGAGUGACAGCUGGUGAUAUAUGUACAUUGUGUAUAUGUGUGUGAGUU